AUGUCAGAUUGCUACAGAAAUCCACAAAAUCAAACAAAACCAACCGGCAUUGUUUCAACACCGGAUAACAACACAACAUCUGUUUUUGAUAGUAAUAAUGCUAGUGAUACUCAAGAGGAUUUGAUAGAGGUCAAAGCCAAUGCUGACCCUAUAAUGAAAGUAUUUGAACCAUUUGUAAAUGCGGCUAGUGUUUCACUUUUGAACAAUCCAACACAACGUAUUCCAGUUCAAGUAUUACGCGAUACUGGAGCGUCUCAAUCUUUAAUACUGACAAACACAUUGCCAUUUUCUGCGGAAUCAUAUUCCGGAAACAAUGUUUUGAUAAAAGGAGUUCACUCUAGCGAUUAUAGUUCAGUUCCUUUGCACAACAUUCGACUGCACUCAGAUUUAGUCUCCGGAGAUGUUUCGAUAGGUAUCAUCGAUACAUUGCCUUUCGAUGGAAUACAAUUGUUAUUAGGCAACGAUCUUGCGGGUGAAAAAGUGACAGUCAAUCCAAUAGUGACAAACAAACCAUGCUCAACAUCAAUUUCCGACGUCAUUGAACAAGAAAUUCCAAAUUUAUAUCCAUCGUGUGCGGUCACAAGAGCAAUGGUAAAACAACAAGAAUUAGAGAAUAAUAAAAGAGAUGACCUUGAUUCAUCCUAUGAUUUGUCCGAUACUUUUCUUACACAGUUAUUUGAUAGUGGCCCUAAAACAACACAGAUUACGAAAAACGAUGCGAUAGACACAAAAAGCUUGUCAACAUCUAAUCUCAUUCACGAGCAAAAUAAUGAUCCCGAAAUAGCUAUUCUAAUUCAACAAGCUUUCGAUGAAAAAGAAAUUUCAGACCAGGCAAUGGGAUACUUUAUCAAAAACGAUAUUUUAAUGCGGAAAUGGCGACCACCUGAUGUUAGUGUUGAUGAUGAAUGGUCAGUUCGAUACCAAAUUGUUAUCCCAAAACCUUACCGUGAAGAAGUCUUACGUUUAGCACACGAAACACCCCUUUCAGGACAUCUGGGAAUAAACAAAACCUAUGAGAAAAUCAUACGACAUUUUUAUUGGCCUGGAGUUCGAAAAACCGUGGCAGAAUUCUGUAAAACAUGCCACACUUGCCAAGUAGUCGGCAAACCAAAUCAAGUUAUCCCAAAAGCACCGCUAAAACCAAUUCCGGCUUUUGAAGAACCAUUUAGCCGUAUUAUGAUUGAUUGCGUCGGACCAUUACCUAAAACUAAGCGAGGUAAUCAAUAUUUAUUGACAAUUAUGUGUGUUUCGACACGUUUUUCUGAAGCAAUACCACUUCGAAAUAUCAAGGCUAAAACCAUUGUAGAAGCACUUACAAAGUUUUUCACUUUAGUUGGUCUUCCAAAAUCCAUCCAGUCUGACCAAGGUUCGAAUUUCACGUCAGGGUUGUUUCAACAAAUUAUGCACGAACUAGGUAUUAAACAAUACACCUUGUCAGCUUAUCAUCCGGAAAGUCAAGGCGCUCUGGAAAGGUUUCACCAAACAUUGAAGCAAAUGAUUAAGACAUAUUGUUUUGAAACUGAGAAAGAUUGGGACGACGGCGUCCAUUUCCUUUUGUUCGCGGCUCGUGAGUCAGUUCAAGAAUCAUUAGGGUUUAGUCCAUUUGAGUUAGUUUUCGGUCACACGGUUCGGGGACCGCUCAAGCUUUUAAAGGAAAAGUUGCUUACCGACGACGGUGGUUCAUUGAAUAUUUUACAGUAUGUAACGGAAUUUCGUACCAAAUUAACUAAGGCUUGUGACCUAGCACGUAAGAACCUUAAAACAGCUCAAAAUCGCAUGAAGCGCAGUUACGACAAAAACACCGUAACUCGGAAUUUUCAGAACGGAGAUAAGGUUCUUGCACUUCUUCCGGUUCCUGGAAACCCCUUGCAAGCUAGGUAUUUUGGGCCCUAUGUUAUCGAAAAGAAAGAGAAUGAUUUAAACUAUGUAAUCAUAACUCCAAAUAGACGUCGAAAUAAGCAGCUUUGCCAUGUAAAUAUGCUUAAAGCAUAUCACGAAAGAAAGAAAGUAGUACAGUCAGUAAAUGUAGUGAGUUCAGAUAGAGAUAGGUAUAGUAAUGAGGAUGAAUCUGAACUCUCUAGUUUGUCUGAGACAACAAAAUUGAGCAACUCCGACGUUUUACGAAAUAUGGAUUCGAAGUUAUCUCAUCUUCAACCAUCUCACUUUUCAUCAAUCACGGAACCCUUGACGCAGUUGCUUCGCAAGGAUAUGAAAUUUGUUUGGACAGAACAAUGUCAGAAAGCAUUCGAGAAACUCAAAGCUAUGCUCCAAAAUGCCCCAGUUUUGUCGGCACCAGAUUUCAACCGCCCCUUCAAAUUAGCGGUCGACGCGAGUGAUGUUGCAGCCGGUGCAGUUUUACUACAAGAAGGUCAGUUUGGAGUUGAUCACCCGGUAUGUUAUUUCUCUCGAAAGUUCAACAAACACCAGCGGAAUUAUUCUACGAUCGAAAAAGAAUGUCUUGCACUUGUUCUCGCGCUUCAGCAUUUCGAAGUUUAUGUUUCUUCAACUUCUGUUCCACUCGAGGUGUUUAGCGACCAUAAUCCUCUAAUGUUUCUCCAUAAAAUGAAGAACAAGAACCAACGUUUACUGCGGUGGAGUCUCGUUUUGUCAGAAUACGACAUGAAGAUGGAACAUAUUAAAGGACGAGACAAUUUACUCGCUGACUGUCUAUCACAACCAUGA